UCAUGAGAAGGACAUCCCUUCUGUUGAAUCCCAAAUGAAGUUGUUCUUAUCAUUGUACUGGUCCCCUUGAUAAGAAAGGCGAGUUUAUGUGAAAACAUUUUUCUACAAGCUGUCGCAGUGGUUUCUCCCUCAGUAGUUUAAUAGAUCAGCAGAAGUGAAGGAAGCCAUGACUAUUCCCAUACUCCUGCUUCUCCUUCUUGGAAGCUUCGGGGUGUACUGCGUGGCAGACGACAGUGACAACGGUUUGUUUGAGAUCAACAUACGGAUGCCGAAUGCUACUUCUCAGAGGAAAGACGACCUGGUUUGCCAUGCCUACAAGCUGCCAAGUACAGAAUCCUAUAUACUCAAGUUCAUCCCGCAUGCCAGCAUGCACGUGGCGCACCACAUGAUGGUAUACGGCUGCACUACGCCUGGCGACAACCAGUCUUUCUGGAGUUGUCCACUCUUGGAAGAUUCUUCGAAGAUGUCUGUCUGUGGGGAUGGCGGACGACAAAUUGUCUUCGCCUGGGCAAAUGAUGCACCUUCAAAGAACCUGCCCGACGGUGUGGGAUUUCGCGUGGGUGGCAAUACUGGCAACUAUCUCGUCCUACAGCUGCACUACGUGCAUCCGUUUGGAGAAGAACAAUCGGAUACAUCCGGCGUUACACUGCAAAUGACGACACUCGGUAAUCAGCCUCAGCAGGCCGGCUACUAUGUUCUUGGAAAUUAUGGCAGCAUCCCGCCGCAAAUGCCAGCUUUUAAGAUGGAGUCAGCAUGUGAGUUCAACUUGAAUUACACAAUCUACCCUGUUGGUUACAGAACUCACGGACAUAACAUUGCGGUGGUGAACUCUGGGUACAGAAUCAGAGAUGGCGAAUGGGUUGAACUUGGUCGGAUGUCUCCACAACGACCACAGACUUUCUACGACAUAAAGACUCCAGGCCUGGACAUACGCGAUGGCGAUAUUCUGACAUCGCGCUGCACAUUCAACAGCAUGAGGAGGACUAAGCCGACACAGAUCGGUCCUACCAACGACGACGAGAUGUGCAACUUCUACAUCCUUUACUCCACCUACGAACAGAAAGACCUGACCACGGCUACUUGCUUUCGCAACGGCAACACAUUUUUGUGGACGGAAUAUUUUACUCAAACACCGCCCGAUGCCAGCUCUAAGGGGAUCCCUGGUGGCGAAGAGAUCCGCCGCAAGUUUAACUUGGAUCCCAGAUGAGACCCACAACGACUGGCUGUCCGAGGUUUGGUACAACGAGGACAAGAUUAUGUUCGUUAAGCUGCUCCUGGAAAAAAAUUCUAGUCUGGGUCUCGCAGAUGUUCAAACGAUACUGUCACGCAUAGAGACUUCUUCAAAAAGAUUAACACAG